AUGGAGGACAUGAACGGCAGUGGAAAGGAUGCGUCUGGCUCCCCGGUAGUACCUAUAAAUGGUCAUGUUGACCUGAAGACCAGUCUGACCCCUCCUCUGAUCACCCACACUGCUGCCACCCCCAUGCCCGUUCCCAAGCUGCCCACCGUGGUUGACCCUGCUCUGGGCUGUGAGUCCCGACACGGCAGCAACGUCUCCAUGGACCUAGCCUGCUACGACAAGUCUCCGACCAGUGCCCGUAGCACCUCCCCUUACGCCCCGUGGAGCUCCGCCUCUGGCUGGACCAGCCGUAGAUCCAGCUGGAACAGCGUAGGCCGUGCUCCUUCGCUCAAACGAACAAAGCGUCAGUCUGGCGAACGGCGGUCGCUCCUCUCCGGAGAGGGUGGGUCCAGUUCGGAGGAUGAUGAGGGAGGAGGAGGGGGGACAUCGGAGGGAGAUGAUGUGUCCCUGUGUCGUACCGACUCCAUGUCCCAGUCCCAACACCAACACAGGAGGAUGGAGUCUGUGGAGACCAGGGGGUCCAUAGACCUGGCCCCUGACAUACUGCUACAGGUACCCUUCCUGUAUCGCUCAGCCAGUAUACACAGCUCCAGACCCCCCUCGCUAGGAGGCCUGAGAGCCCCAGAACGCAGUGACUGUAACGGGAAAGGCACUCCGGCCCCUGGGGGGGCCCUGGCCCAGACACAGCUCUCCCUCGAGGACAACACAGAGGACGAAGCAGCAGAGGAGGAGGUUGUGGGUCAUGUCGCCAGGCUGUCACGCUGGCUGGAGAGGAAACAGCCAGAGUGGUGUCGAAAGAGAGAUACCUGGUCCCUGUACAUAUUGCCCCCGGACUCCAGGUUUCGAAUGGCGUGCAACAAGAUAAUAUCCCACAAGAUGUUUGACCACAUCGUUCUGGUCAUCAUCUUCCUCAACUGCAUCACCAUCGCCAUGGAGAGGCCUAGAAUAGAGGCAUAUAGCGUGCCCCUGUAA